AUGUCCGAGAUCACGACGACGAUCGGUACGCCCGCCGGGCUCGCACCCGGCGAGAAGAAACAGUCGAUCGCCGUGGCCGACAAGUCCGACAGCGCCGUCACUUGGAAGUCCAUGAGCAUCCGGCAGAAAUGGUCCUUCCUGACCAGCAACAUCACCGUCGAGCCGAUGGUCGCGUGCUACGUGAUACCCAGCGUGCUCUCCCAGCUGGCCACGCAGAAUCUCAUCCUCGAGAAGGCGUGCCGGGUGAACCUGGCUUACUCGGACGAGGUGUGCUCAGCUCUGUCCGCCAGGAACACGACCGGCUACGAGGCCGAGGAGACCGCGGUACAGCAGAUGGUGGCGCGUAUGCAGACCUGGAAGACGCCGCUGCAGAGCGCCCUGCCGACCAUGCUGAUCCUGUUCAUGGGCGCGUGGAGCGAUCGCACCGGCCUGAGGAAGCCCUGCAUGCUGCUGCCGAUCAUCGGCGAGUUCUUCAGCAGUGUCACCCUCAUCGCCUGCACCUACUGGUUCAACGAGCUGCCCAUGGAGGUGGUCGUGCUCGAGUCGCUGUGGCCCGCGCUGACCGGCGGCUGGUUCACCAUGUUCAUGGGUAUCUUCAGCUACAUAGCGGACAUCACGACAGUGGAAUCGAGAACUCUUAGGAUCGGCGCGGCCAACGUCUUCGUAUCUUUGGGCGUGCCGAUCGGCAUGGCCCUAUCAGGGAUAUUGUACUCGAAGCUGGGUUUCUAUGGUGUUUUCAGCAUCGCGAUGGUGUGUUACAUACUAAGCUUUGUGUACGGCCUAGUGGUUAUCAAGGAGCCGCCGAGGGUGAUCAUAGAACGCUCGCGGAAAAAGUCUCUACCGAGUGAGGGUAAGCGGACCUCGUUGUGCGCCUUUGUGCUGGACUUUUUCUCGUUGAAACAUAUAGAGGAGACGUUUCGCGUGGCGUUCAAGAAAGGGGCGCACAAUCGCCAGAAGAGGGUCAUCGUGCUCAUGGUCAUUAUUAUGGUCGUCAUCGGACCUCUUUACGGCGAAAUGGCGGUUCUCUAUCUUUACAUGCGGUACCGAUACAACUGGAACGAAGUGACGUUCAGCAUGUUCUCCACGUUUGGCAUGGUAACUAAUCUGAUCGGUACCGCGAUCUCCGUCGGUAUCUUCAGUCACAUUCUCAAGAUAGACGACGCGAUCGUGGGUAUCAUGAGCUGCACGAGUAAAAUUUUAGCAAGUUUCGUUUACGCGUUCGCCACGUCCGCCUGGAUGGUCUACGUAGCCGCUAUCGUGGAAAUCGUGAACGGCACGUCUUUCAUCGCCAUGCGAUCGAUAGCCUCCAAGCUCGUGCCCACGGACGAGCUCGGUAAGGUGAAUUCGCUGUUCGGCGUAUGCGAGUCCCUGAUGCCGCUCGUUUACGGGCCAAUGUACAGCGCCAUUUACGCGGCGACCAUAAAUACGUUUCCGGGGACGUUCUUCAUCGCCGGAGGCUGCAUGACAAUGCCCGCGGUGUUUGCAUUCUUUUGGCUGUACACGGAGCAUCGAAAGGAUCGCAUGCUGAAGGAGCAGAAGGAACCCGAAGCCAUGAUGAAUCAUAAGGGCGAGGACGCGACAGAUUACAAUUUGAAGGCAUCGAACCCUCGGACCAUCGUGGACCCGCAGAAGAACCCACAGAAGGCCGAGAUGAUGAAUGGCAUAGACAACGCGGCCUUCGAAUCCGAGCAGUUGUGAUCUCACGAUUUACGUGAUCAUUUUUUUUUAAUACGAAGACGUACGAUACAUCAAUAAUACCUCAUCAAAAAGACAAGGACUGAAGGGAUACCUUAAGGCCACUACUGCGAUAAUUAAUGUUGGUCACGUUGUUGAUGAAGGUGCUAGCGAAUUGGCUUCACGAGGAGAAAUGAUACCACUUUAUUAGCAAUCAAACGGUAUAUAUAUAAAUUCAAGGUGUACGAAGAGAUUCCGACGAUUCGUUGCACCUUUCGUUACACCUUCGGGAAGGUUGAACUUGAGAAACUCUCAAUAGUGAAGAUAACAGUACUAAUUUAGUGACAAUAAAAGGAACAAAAUAAUUUUUUAGAGUUAAAGGAGAAAUGCUUCUCCAAACUGAUGUCUAAUGGAAUUCUCGUUCUGGAGUUUUCAGUGCCCCGUGAGAGAACGAAUUAGGCAAUUCUGAAUUACGGCAUUUCUUAAAUCCUACGCAACUGCUAACUGUUAUCACCUUCAUACUGCAUCAAGGUGUAAAUAAAGCACUUUAUUGGGACUUCCUCUUUGCCAUCCAUGACUUCACUUACUGCUGCUUGUAGAUCUUGUUUCAAGUAUUCUCAAGAGAUGUAGAGAUACUCCGAAUGAAGGAUAACUACCAGCUUAUUUCUAAUUUAACGUUUUUAGCGGGAAAUAGUGACUAACGAGAGUUAAAAGAGAUACGUUUUUUUUUUUUUAAGAUUUGACGACGUGCAAUUAAUGCAAUUCACUUAUUUUUAGAAAGAACAUAAUUCCGAGCAUCCUUGGUUUUUUUUAUUAACCACGAAAAAAAAACACUCUUUGAUCUGCUACAUAAAUACGUACGAAGGUCCCACUUUAAUAUCUUUCAGAGUAAAGUUCUUUCUAAGAUGACUCAUUUAGUUAUAUGUAAUAUAUACUAUACAUAUGUAAUAUAUAUAUAUAUAUAUAUAAUUUGUUGUCAUUUCUUGCAAAUCUCUCGCCGUCUUUAAUUUAGUAAUUCGUUUAAAAGGUUCAUUCAAUCAUUUACGUUCAAAAAGAGCAUCGCAUUUCGACAAAGUCGUCAUUAACGAUACAUCAAUUUUUAUUUAACAAUCUAUAUAUACUUUACUCCAGGUACACUAGUACAAACUGUACUUAAACAGAUUAUGAUGACAGCAUGAAAGAUGUAAGCGCAUCACAGAUAUUCAUCUUCGCAAUAUUGGCUACUCAGUUUCUAUUCUCUCUCUCUCUCUUUCUCUUUUUCUUGCUGCAAUAUCCUCGUAUCCUAUUUCCUUCUUAGUGCAAAUUUUGUACAGGCACGCUGAUUGCGUGAUAUUUAAUAUUGUGAUUAAGGAAUUUUGUCGAAAAAAGCUUCGUUAGGAUAUAUAAAUAAUCGUUUUUUUAUCAAUUCCUAAAUAGAAUUUCAUAUAAACUUUGAAAUGUAAUCCAUAUGUAUACGUCAAUCUAAAUCCAAAAUUUGUAAAACAAUGUAUUUAUGUAUUUGUUACCAAUUAGAGUAAUAUACUUUUUAACAAUACAAUAUUUAUUACUUUUUUCCUUAGAACAGUUACGACCCGUUAAGUUUGUACACAAAUUCAUAAUUUCGUUUAUGAUAAAUUCAGCAUAUGUGCUAAUUAAGUGCGAUAAUUUAAUUACAUAUACAAUAUAAAUGUAAAAAUCGGUUGCGUACGUUAAUUUCAUGGAUCUGAUUAAAUAAUAAAUUAAUCACAUUAAAAAAUAAGACAAAUAAAACCAAUUGUUCUCCGUGUCGUUCUACGUUCCACCUGCAUACCGACACAACAUUAUGUAUUUAUAAUAAUCUUUAAUCUUAAGUCCAUUUUAAAUCCUUCAAUAUAAUAUACAUCAGAAUUCAGAAUAAUAUUCUGUUUAUAAUUUUUAUGUGCUGUGUAAUGCAAAAGAGUUCGUUAUUGUUUUACAUUCGACGUAUGUCAAUAAAGUUGAAAAAUAUAAGCAGCAAGUUUUCUAUGUAAUUAUUAAAAAAGUAACUUUAAAUUUGUUUUAAAUUAUUAUAUUUAAUGCUUAUAUAUAUGUAUAUAUAUAUGCGUUGCUGCACAAAGGUCUAACGGAAUUAGUAACUGACUUAUUCCAUUUUAAUUUUUUCAAUGUAAUGACAAAAAAUUAUACAAUUUAUAAUAAAUUUAGAAAACCUAAAUCGUAAAUCAUUUUUAAAAAUUUAGAAUGUAAAUCGACUACAUUGUUGCGUUUGUGUGCAGCUAUAGAUUUAUUACAGCGAUUAUUUGUAAAGACUGAAACUGAGUUGUAAAUAUAGCAACAAUUAUAUAAUUUAUCCCGUCCUUUUUAGAUCUUGCUCGUAAUGUGCACAAUAGUAAAAAAAUAACAAAUAAAGUUAGAAUUCAUAAAAUUAAAA